CUAAUUCCUGUCUGGCCCGUGUUUCUAAUGACGCCAUCACGACUGGCUACCCAAUUGAUUAAGUGCAAUUUGUUGAUGUCGAAUUCCAUUGGCUAUUCCUUAGAGCUACCUCAAGCCGUCGGAAUGUCGGAUGAUUCGGGUGACCCCCAUCAGUGGCUACCCUCGCUGCUCCUCUCCACCGCCAUGUCUUUGGUCAGUAGCAACGGUUCCUUGGACGGGAACCUCCUCCUCAGCCAAAGAACAACACCAUCGAAUACAGUGGAUCCGGAAGUAUCAGCAGCAGGACCCGCCACGACGGCAACAACCCUUAAAGUAGGCGUGCCCUCAAUGAACUCGUAUCUGGUGAGCAUGGCCUGGCCCAAAUCCUUGGCCGUGGCCGUUUUCCUGGUCCUCAUUCUCGUAACAGUCGUCGGCAACACGCUGGUCAUCUUGGCCGUUAUGACCACACGCCGCCUUCGCACCGUUACCAACUGUUUCGUGAUGAACUUGGCCAUAACCGACUGGCUUGUCGGCACGUGCGUGAUGCCCCCAUCGGUGAUUCUCUAUAUAACAGGCACUUGGCGCUUCGGCUGGAUACUGUGCGACAUCUGGAUCUCGCUGGACAUCCUGCUCUGCACCGGCUCCAUCCUCAGCCUCUGCGCCAUCAGUCUGGACAGGUAUCUCGCCGUCACACAACCCUUGACGUACUCGAAGAAGCGCCGCUCCAAGCGCCUGGCCCUCCUCAUGAUACUCGUUGUGUGGAUAACGGCCCUGUCAAUCACUUGUCCGCCGUAUUUGGGCUGGUACGAGGCUGGGAGACAUCAGGCGGAGUUUGUGGACUGCCGCUACAACCAAAACAAGGGCUACGUGGUCUUCUCGGCAAUGGGAUCAUUCUUUAUCCCCCUCACGGUGAUGCUGUAUGUCUACGUGAAGAUUGGUUAUGUGCUCACGUCACGCCGACAGCGCAUUGUGCGCGAUGCGAACUCGGAGCGGACGGCAGACUACGAUGUGGAUGGCGACAACUUCAUCUCCGAGUCGGAACACUAUCACUGCACGCCAACCAAGUGGCUGCCAAACCGGAAAUCCCGGUGGAGGUUCAGUUCGCUGCACGACCCAGCCACCGCCACCGCCACCUCCAACAGCACCACCUCCGGAGCGGCUAAUGUGAAUGCAGAAAAUAUGGCCAAGGCGUCGCUCAAGUGCUCCAAGUGCUCAAAAUGCCAGCCGGAGCGGGAGAAGGGUGUGCCGGACAAGACGCUGACCUUUAAGCACCAGCCGACUUUUUACGAGCUGGUGGAGGUGUCGCGGCUCUCGUCCUUGAUUCACUGCUCCGCAAUUAGUUGCAAGUAUGGCGGACCUUGCAUGCACUCCACACCCUCCGGCCUGCACUACGUGGGCAGUCAGGUGUCCUCCUACUCGGAGUCGUGCUUGGGCGGCGGCAACUCCACAUCAGUGGCCCUAGAAACUGGCGGCGUUGAGAAGGCGGAGGUGGAUUCCCAGCAACAGAAACGGGGCUGCGCUAGCCACAGCCAUAGUCAUCAGCACCACCACCACCAGCACCACCAUCUCAACCAUCAUCAUCGCAUGCCCAUGCGAGUCUCGACCACGAAACGUGACACUAAGACCGCCAAGACCCUGACUAUUGUGAUGGGCGGCCUAAUUGCUUGCUGGCUUCCCUUCUUCGUAUAUUACCUACUGAUACCCUUCCUGCCCCGACCGGCCGUUCUCGAGGAUCUCAUGUUCGGGUUCACCUGGGUGGGUUGGGUCAACUGCGCCAUCAACCCGUUUAUUUACGCCUUCUACAAUCCCGAUUUUCGCACUGCCUUUUGGCGCCUCACCUGCCGACCCAUUUGCAAGCAGAAACGUCCUCCCAACCACCUGGCCAUGUUUCGUGGCUAGUUAGGGUCUUAAAGCCAACUAGUUAGCGGUAUAAUCGAAACUUAUAUGGGAUC